CCAUUACGAGAGGAACCGUCCGUCUAAUUGGCAGCACUCCAUCAACUGGAAGAGUUGAAAUAUAUCACGAUGGACGAUGGGGAACGAUUUGCGAUGACUAUUGGGAUAUGAAUGACGCUAACGUUGUGUGCAAGCAGCUUGGUUUCCCGCAAGCCUCUCGAGCUUUCAGGGGAGCCACUCAUGGUCAGGGAUCUGGUCCGAUAUGGAUGGAUGACGUGAAAUGCUCAGGAUGGGAGUCACACAUCUAUGACUGCGGACACCGUGGAUGGGGAAGCACUGACUGCACCCAUAGCGAAGACGCUAGUGUGGAGUGUUCUUAUCCUGGCUCUUCGUCCAUUCGCUUGGUAAAUGGUGGACCUAACUACGGCCGGGUUGAAGUUAACCAUAACGGGCAAUGGGGCACAGUGUGUGAUGAUCGCUGGGACAUCAAUGACGCGGAUGUGGUGUGUCGUCAACUUGGCUACCCCGGGGCAGGUUCUGCCCCUCACCAAGCACUAUACGGCCAGGGAUCAGAUCCUGUCUGGUUGGAUAACGUCAACUGUACGGGAGGAGAGGCUUCACUAUUUGAAUGCGCCCAUAAUGGCUGGGGAGUACACAACUGUGGUCAUGGCGAGGAUGCAGGCGUUGUUUGUGUCUCAUCGGUCAUUCGCUUGGCAAAUGGAGGAGAUAACUACGGCCGUGUUGAAAUUUAUGAGAACGGGCAAUGGGGCACAGUGUGUGACGAUACCUGGGAUAUCGCUGACGCAAAGGUGGUGUGUCGCCAGCUUGGCUUCUCUGGUGCAACUUCCGCCCCUACAGAUGCAACUUAUGGUCAGGGUUCUGGGCCUAUCUUGAGGCAUCACGUACAUUGCCAAGGAUCGGAAACUUCAUUGUUAGUUUGCCCACAUGACAAGUAUUCGCCGACUCACUGUCAUCACGGCGAGGACUCAAGUGUGGUCUGCUAUUAGUGGAUAUAGACUUAAGCGCCGGCCAAACGAUCGCAACAUUUUAACGCAACAUAUCGCAACAUUGUUGGGCGCAA